AAAUAACGAGAUAAGCUAAUUUAUUUUUAAGAAUCUGGAUAAAACCUCUUAUAUUUCCGUUUGGGGAAGAUUGUUGUCAUUUUCCUUCUACUUUCUCAUUCUUCACAUCAGUUAACUUUUUUUUCGCCUGUUAAACGAGUUGUUCUACUCCAUUCUCCAAUCAUUGCUACGCAUAAUUUAUUAUUAAGACCAGUUUAAAACGCACAAUCUAAUAUGAUCCAUGUCGAUGAAACAGAUUUUGAUGAUGAGGUAGAAAUACCCUUCGAACCAAGAAAUGUUGUUGUCAAAGUUGGAGAAGAUGUGAAAAAAGACUAUAAUCUACACGAAGAACUUGGAAGAGGUAAAUUUGGAACCGUAUAUAAAUGUUCAGAAAAGGCUUCAGGAAAAAUUUUUGCUGCCAAAUUCAUUAUAACUCCCCGGAAAGAUGAUCGAAAAGAUGUGUUGAGAGAGGUGGAGAUUAUGAGAUGUCUGCAACAUCCUCGUCUCUUACAACUUUAUGAUGCGUACGAUGAUGGAAAGAAGGAGAUGUGUCUAAUAUUAGAACUCAUAACCGGAGGAGAACUGUUUGAAAGAGUUAUUGAUGAUGAUUUUAUCUUGACCGAAAAAGCAUGUACUAUAUUUAUGAGACAGAUAUGUGAUGGUGUUUUAUAUAUGCAUUCGAGAAACAUCUUGCACUUGGAUAUGAAGCCAGAGAAUGUGCUUUGUUUAACAAGAACUGGUAACAGAAUUAAGCUGAUUGAUUUUGGCUUAGCUAGAAAAUUAGAACCCGGUAAGAAAUUGCAAGUGUUGUUCGGUACUCCCGAAUUUGUGGCCCCAGAAGUAAUUAGUUUUGAUCGUGUAUCCUAUCAGACGGAUAUGUGGAGUGUCGGUGUUAUUUGUUAUGUUCUUCUUUCUGGUCUAUCCCCAUUUAUGGGUGAUAAUGAUGCAGAAACUAUGGCCAAUGUCACAAGAGCUGUUUAUGAUUUCGAUGAUGAAAGUUUUGACAAAAUUUCAGAUGAAGCCAAAGACUUUAUUGAAAAGUUAUUAGUCAAAGAGCUAGAAGAAAGAUUAACAGCGGCUCAAUGUUUAGAACAUCCGUGGCUGAGGAGAGAUAAGAAAAAAGAAGAGAAGACUUUAGACAAAAAGAAAUUGAGGAGGUUCGUCAUAAGAAGAAGAUGGCAGAAAGCCGUCAAUGCACUUUUGGCUCUGAAGAGGAUGGGAGCAGUUAUUUAAUCAUAAUAAUAA